AUGGAUACCAUCUUGCGCUGCACGUCGCUGGACCUGCCCCAAACUGCGGCGCUCCAUGCUGCCCUCACUCAGGAGUUCGCUCUGCUGCAGGGCCCUCCAGGAACUGGCAAGACGUUCGUGGGGAUAAAGCUGGUGGAGAUUCUGCUGAGCAAUGCGUUCAAGGGCACCUCUGAGGGGCAUGUGUCUCGAGGCAGGGAGGCGGGCAGUGCCAUGGGGCCCAUCCUGUGCGUGUGCUUCACCAACCAUGCUCUGGAUCAGUUCCUGGAAGGCAUCAUUGCCAGCGGCAUCAAGAACGUGGUGCGAGUGGGAGGAAGGUGCAAGUCGGAGGUACUGCAGGAGCACAACCUCCCCAACAUCAUUCGCAGCUGCACUGUGGAGCGCAGCCCAGCAUACCGGCGCUCAAACUACGAGGUGAACAGCAAGCUGGGCGAGGUGGAGGAGGUGAUCAGCACGUACAGCGAUGCUCUGCAGCAGCGCACCAGCAACACAGCAGCCGUCACGUGGCGCUCCAUCACCGCCCACCUCAUGGCCAACCACCCUGUUUUCUUCCUCGCGCUCCGCCCCACCACCACGGUAGACAGCGACGGGUUUCAGGUGCGUGGAAAGGUGGAUAAAGAAAAGGGUGCAUGUGUGCGUGAGUAG